AUGAGAACAUUAAGAUUUUUACCAAAAGACAAGCUAAAAUGUUAUGAUGGAGGCGAAUUUAUCAGCAGUCUUGUAGGGGAAACAAAUGAAUUAGUUGAUGGUCCUUGCCUGUUUCAGGUAACUCUAAGUUCAACCGACGAAAGAAUUCGCAAGGCCGAAGAUGGACGAGAAUUUGUUUUUGUACAGCGUUUUGCCCACAACAUUGCAGCAGCCAUCCGUGAAAACGCCUCUACAAAUGUCACAACUCAAAGCCAACGUUUGCCUUCACUGGCUCUCAUGGUUGGUGCCGAGUUCCAGGACUAUUAUUGGCAUACCAUUCUUCAUGGAGUGGCAGAAAUUAACGUGGAAACAGUCCUGGUCAAAGAUGAUGAAAUUCCCUAUAACCCGCUACUCGUGCCACUGGCGUGUUGUCUGGUUGUGGCGGUGGGUGCCCUCUGCACCUGCAUUAUCUGUGUCUGUGCCCACCGAAAGCACCAGGAGUUGAUUGAAAAACAUGCAGCUAUCACCAAGCCGCCACCCACCACCUCUGCUACCGUCGCCUCCACCGCGCCAGGUGCAACUCCCGCUCCGCAGACAGCGACGACUCACUACUACCAACCCACAGUCGUCUUUCCAAACCCCACCCAGCAGCAACAACAGAGGAGUGUCAGAUAG